CAUUGUUGGUGAAGGUCUGCAAAAUUUAGGCCUAUGCUCUGCGCUUACGGCCUUUGAGCAAGGAGAGAUCUUUACUGUACCACACUUGCUGUGACACGGGACCUCGGUUUGUACGGUCUCAUCCGAAGGAACGCUCCAUUUAGUCGCCUCUUACGACAAACAAGGGGUACUGAGGACAUAGUCUAAUCCGGAAUCCCACGGGGCAUUAAUGAUGAGGUGGAUAAUUCAUUUAACACUAUGUUUAACGAUUAUAACUAUACACGGAGACGUCUGUUUUGGUAUUCCUGGAGACAAGGGUCUCAUUUUGGGAGUGUGGAAUCCUGCCAUGAUAAUUACCAUCACAGAAAUACCCAGAGUUCAGGUGAUGCACUAUGCCAACGUUACUACCGAGAUACUUCCUCCCAUAGUCGAGAUUACCAGCAUCACGUCUGAUCCAAAUAAAAACACCAUGUUUACAAGCAUAGGAAAUGAAAUUAACGCAUUUUCAAACUUCAGCAUUUGGCAGAAUCGCAUAGAAAAACAUUCAAUCACGUUCAAAGGGAGGUCUGGAUCUCUUGGACAGAUCGCAUUUGACUAUGUUUCAAAGAACUUGUAUUGGUGUGACUCCUUACUGCACUGGAUUGCAAUGAAAGCAGCUUACACUAGCAAUGCCACCAUAUAUAAAGUCGUUGUUGAAAAAGACUUGAAACAGCCAGAAGGAAUAGCGCUAGAUCCUGAAGAUGGAUUGAUGUUCUUUUCCGACAAUGGUCCUAAUCCCCGCAUUGAGCGAGCCUCCAUGGAUGGGAGCGACAGGGUCGUGAUAGCGCACACGGGUUUGAUUCGUGUGUUGGCUCUCUCUGUCGACACUGUCAGUAACAUACUCUAUUGGGCAGACAACGGUAGAUAUAAGCUGGAAGCCUGUAACUACGAUGGAUCCAGUAGGCGGGUUGUAAUACGAAUUAAAAAGGGUCAAGUGACAGGAAUUCAAUACCACCAGAAUGUGUUGCACAUUGUAAGCUCUGACCAAUCCAAAAUGAUGAUGGGAAUCGAUGCAACAUCCGGGUCAACAAUUUACUAUAACGUGUUUUAUACAGCGCGUCCACAUGCCAUUCAUCUUUAUGAUGCAGAGACGUCCAUAUCAUACAACGACCCGUGUUCCUCUCGAGGCUGCCAACACAUGUGUGUUAAGACUCCUACGGGCCCCAUGUGUCUCUGUGUUGAAGGUUUCCGGCUCUCCACAGACAACUUGACGUGCAUAGAACGUUCUUGGUUCCACAAGAGAGGUUUCAUCGUGAACAAUGAAACAUCGUUUUCCAUGUUGGAAGUGAGUUCUGUUAAUGGGGGAGGAGGCGUGCAUCCCUUUCUACCGGUCCCGUCUAUUAUUGAAACAUUUACCGUGGACGCCAACUUAGAUCUUAUCUACUUUGUGGACAGAAACAACAACACUCUUAAAGAAUUAAACAUCAUCACUAGACAACUUAGAACGUUAGCAUACAUUUCGUAUGCUAAAGGUCUUGUAUUUGACUGGAUUGCUAAUCUUCUUGGCUGGAUUGAACCUUUGCAGUCCAAUAUUCGUGCAUUUUCUGUUAAUUCUGGCACAAUCUCAACAAUUUAUUCCGGUCUUCAAGAACCAACAUCUCUAACAGUGGACGCUCAUAAUAGCUACCUUUACUGGAUUUCUGAAUCAACUUGGAAGUUUAUUAUACGAGGGACAUGGAGCGGGAGUCCUCCUCAAGUUAUUUUGCGAUAUAAAGGUAGCAGUGUUCCCAGUUCUCUAUAUUAUGACGUCACGAGCGACAGGUUAUACUGGCUUAACCACUACAUCAUACACAGUUCCAUGACCGAUGGAUCCGACAUCAAACCACAUUUCACCAUAAAUGGCGCAACACAAGCAUUGCCAUAUAAGGGUUUCUUUGUUUGGAUAUAUGGAAACAUAAUGUACUCUACAAGAAAGACUCAAUUCAGUAGAAAACACGUAGCGGAUAUAUUAAGAAACCCAAAAGGAGUCGCUGUUUUUGACCGGUCAUUGCAUCGAGAUAGAAGAGGUACCUGUCAUAUACUGAACGGUGGUUGUGAAGAUAUUUGUGUGCCGACACAGAGAGGUCGAAGAUGUGAAUGUGAUGUGGGGCUGGAAAUUAAAUCAGAUAACACGACUUGUGACAGUGGUGUUUUCUCCACGAAUUUCAUUCUUGUUGCGGAUAACUUACACGGACGAAUCCUCCAGGUCGACAUUGAUACAGGGAAUCUAGUCAAAUUACCUAUCAGUACCACAACCCCUACUGGAAUUCUGUUCGAUAAAUCUAGAAUGGAACUCCUUUAUUCUGAAAUAUCUACCAAAGUCAUAAUGUCUACCACACUCGAUGGAAACAAAACAACUGUAGUCUACACAAUAGGCUUUGCUUAUGCUGCUCGUAUGGCGAUUGACUAUUCAACGGGGAAUAUUUACUACACUGCAGUGGGCUCAACGCGGAGUCAGAGUAAUAUUGGAGUGAUACAUAGAUUAAAUUCACUGCAUAAGACUUUGUUGUCUAACUUGUACAGUCCACUGGAUAUCGUGGUAUAUCCGUCAAAAGGUUACUUGUACUGGACAGAGAUUGGAGAUCUACCUCAAAUAGGUAGAGCAUAUAUGGACGGAACGUCGAAAAUAUAUAUUGCAACAACUAAUAUUAUACGGCCGAGUGGUCUCACUAUUGAUUUUGCAUCUAAUAGACUUUACUGGACUGCUGGGCAUAACAAUCGCAUUGAGUACUCUGAUCUGAAUGGUGGAAACAGACGAGUUCUGACGACGGAUAAUGGCGCAGAUUUAAUGGAUAUUGUGAUACAUGGACAAUAUCUGUAUUACAUUGCAAAUAAUCGACAACGGAUUACUAAGAUGGACAAAUCAACAGGUUCCAAAGUUGACUUUAUGUUAAACCAUCCAGAGCUAGGAAAACUAGAUAGUAUAGCGAUAUAUGCAGAUGAUGUAGUGGACGUGAGCACGUAUUGUUCCAAGAUGAACGGUAACUGCAGCACGUUUUGCUUUCCUACGCCAUCAGGAAGAACAUGUGGAUGUCAGAACAACGUAGAUCUCAAAUCUGACAAAACCACCUGUCAAGGAGUAAUCAGCUGCAGUACUUCACUACAGAAUCUGAAUGUACUCAACUGUCUCCCGUAUUCUGGACAGACGUGUGACAUUGAGUGUAAGGCUGGAUACAAACUUGCUGUCAAUAUGUCCAUUACCUGUGGAACGUCUGGUCAGUGGUCUCCGUCUACCGCUGCUUUGUGCACAGAAAUAUUCUGCCCUCCAUCCAUUGAUAACGUGGCGUUGUCAUCAAGUUGUGGAAGAAAGGUGGGUGAAGCCUGUAAGUUCUCCUGUACAGAUGGUCAUACCUCCUCUUCGUCACAGAACCUGGUUUGUAAAGAUGACGGCACUUGGAACCAGAAUAUAAGCGAUCUAUGUACACUGCUGUUAUGUCCAUCAAAAAUUCCAAAUGGAGAGCUUGCACAAAGUUGUCAGAGAAGAAUUGGGAACAGUUGUACAUUUACCUGUAGCGGUAGUCACAGACCGUCCACUUCUCAAAACAUUGUCUGUACCUCAGACGAAAUAGCAUGUCCCUUGGAAAUAAAGAAUGGAAAUAUAUCUUCUUUGUGUCGAGGACGUACUGGAGAAAGCUGCGAUGUAACAUGUCACGAGGGAUUCGCCGCAAGCUUUUCAGAGAUAAUUUGUACAUUAUCGGGAGCAUGGGACAGGAAUAGUAAUGAUAUUUGUGUUGGUAUUCCUGAUGAGGGAGACAUUACCAGUAUUGGAGUUGGGUCAUCAAUUGCAGUCAUUGUUAUUGCCACUGCGAUUGUAGUCAUUUUGUGUUUAGUUUGGCGAAGGAAACUACCUGGAAAUGAACCCGAAAAACCACUUGCAGAAGAUCCAAUUUCAACAUUCUUAGAUGGCGGGUAUUUCAAUGGGGUGGAUAAUUCAUCCCAGGUGAUGCCGGAUUCUUAUGCGUAUAGCAGUAUAAAUGAGUUGCACUUCACAGAAUACGACGAAAUCAUAGAAACACACUUAUAA